AUGGCUUCUUCGUCGUCAUGCUCAUCAAGUAUACAAACUAGGUUUGGUCCAAUUGAUAGUGACGUGUUGUGGAUGCAACCCAAGCAUGUUUCAGAACAUGUUUGGAAUGGGGGACCAGACAGAAAACUACACAUCAGACGAGCAGUCCCGACGUAUCAAGGUGAAGAACAAAUACCGGAGGAAAUUGUUCCUUUGCUUCGGCAAUGUGGGUUUUAUUGGAUCAUGAGGAUGGGAUACCUAAAGAUAAAUGUGGCCUUAAUUAGUGCGUUCAUUGAAAGAUGGAGGCCCGAAACCCACACGUUUCACCUGAGAUGCGGAGAGGCUACCAUUACUCUCCAAGAUGUGUCAGUUUUACUAGGUCUGCGUACUGACGGGGCACCAUUAAUUGGUUCAACUAAUCUUGUUUGGGCCGACUUGUGUGAAGAAUUAUUAGGAGUCAGACCACAGGAAGGGGAAAUUGAAGGCAGUGUCGUCAAAUUAAGUUGGUUGGCUCACCAUUUUUCUCACAUAAAUAUUGAUGAGGGUAACGUUGAGCAAUUACAAAGGUUUACCCGUGCGUGGAUCCUUCGAUUCAUUGGAGGUGUCCUCUUUGUUAACAAAAGUAGUAGUAGAGUUUCCUUAAAGUACCUACAAUUUCUACGUGACUUUGAACAGUGCAGCACAUAUGCGUGGAGACCUGCCGUGCUUGCGUAUUUAUAUAGAGAGAUGUGCAGCGCCACCGAUUACAAAGUUAAAUCAAUUGGAGGGUUUAGGUGGGUUGGGGUUGGAGCUUAG